AUUUUACGAUGGUAUAUGUUAUAUAUUUAUAAAAUGAAAAUCUACCCGCACGGAUGUGCGGGUGAAAAAUCUAGUCUAUACUAUUAAAUUACAAGCGACGUCCAAAAAUGUUAGCAAUCAUGUUUACUGUAUUUCCAAUUGAGUGAUUAAGGAUAAUUAAAUAUAUUUUUUUGGUAAUCAAUAUUAAGAAGGAUAAUUAAAUUCUUAACUAAAAUUACACAUGCGUGAACGACCUCAAAAACUCGUAAUCUGAGUAAGAAAAUAACCAUUGAUCACAACAAUCAUAUUAAUAAUAAAUAUGUAAUUAUUCACCCAUAAGAAAGAAAGGUACUAAUUUGCCCAAAGAAGUCGUUUUCUUUAAGCAAAAAAAAAAGGUCUUUUCUUGUUAUUAUUAAUAUUAUUAUGUAUGUAUGGAUUUAAACGGAGCUUUUCUGGUAAAAUGUUCGGCUAAAGGCCAUUAAAAUGUAGAAUAUUAAGAUAACAGAAAGACUAUAAAAUAAUCAAAAGGUGGCAAAUUGCUGCAAAGUUCAACUACGUAUCUACAUGCAAAUUGCAAAGUCAAACUGUCGCUUGUCCGAAACAUUUUGUAUAAAAUGUUUUUUUACUCUAAACUUUUAAUAACUCAUUCUCUACUCAAAUCUUUCUUCUUCUUUUUUGGGUCAAACUCUCUACUCAGAUCUCUCGUUCUUUCGAUUCUUUGGACUCUUUUCACUUCAAUUUUGAAUUAUUUCGAGGAGAAUCAUUACUGUAUUAUAAUAUUUCGUGUAGAUCGUCUGUUGAAUAAGAAAAGGCUUGAGUUCCCACAAUACGAUCGGUCAUGUACACAAAGAUUAAUAAGGUUUUGGAUUCUGAGAAAAUGGGUUUUAUCCGGCCACCGGCGGUGAGAAAGGACGGUGACUAUAUAGAGAGCAUCUUUGGAGACUAUUCCGCCGGCAAAACAAAACCAAGUCGGAAGCUCAACUCCACCAAGUUCGUGACGGUGCUGACGCUUCUUCAGUUCGUAUUUGCCGUCUACGCCACUGGACUUCUCUACUACAUGAGUCCUUCUAUUGACUUGCGGGCCAAACCGGACUUCACUUGGGCCACCAAAUGGGCCCAUAACAUGCGUAGUUACAUUGUUACCCCUCAUGUCGUCAGCCAUAUACAAGACUCUGCCUCUAUGCUAAAAUCAUCAGAGGAGAAUAUUCCGGCGGUGUUCUCUCCGGCGGAGGUUUGCGAGUACGAAAAGAUCGACUUCUCGCAGAAGAAAUCAAACGACGAGAAGAUGAUCAAGAUGAAAAGAGAGCUAUACGACGACGUUUUGGACUUCCAGAAGAAGAAUCUCGGUUCCGAGAGUUUAGAAGAGCUGAUGAAGAUGAAGUCUAAAUGGGCCUUAAACGGGCCCAACAAACCCAAAGUAACAGUGAUCCUAAACCAUUUCAAACGAAAAACGCUUUGCGCUCAGCUCGAUUCUCUCCUCCACCAAACGCUGCCGUUUCACCAUGUCUGGGUCCUCGCCUUCGGGAGCCCCAACGAACCCUCUCUCCGGCGAAUCGCCGGGAGCUACAACGACUCUCGGAUCAGCUUCAUCAGCUCAAACUACGACUUCAAAUACUACGGGAGAUUCCAGAUCGCGCUCCAAACGGAGGCGGAUCUCGUCUACAUCCUCGACGACGACAUGAUUCCGGGGAAGAAGAUGCUUCAGAUGCUCGCGCACGUCGCGGGGACGGAGAAGUACGAGAACUCUGUUCUCGGAAGCAUCGGACGGAUUCUUCCUUUCCGGCAGAAGGAUUUCACGUUCCCGAGCUACAGGAAGUUCCGAUCAAAGGAGGCGGGGCUUUACUUGCCUGAUCCGGCGUACGACAUCACUCUGGAUCGGAUCCUCCAGGUUGAUUUCUUGUCUAGCUCGUGGUUCUUGUCAGCUGAGCUCGUUAAAGCGUUGUUCAUCGAGAAGCCGUUCACGUUCGCUACUGGCGAAGAUCUUCACCUGAGCUACCAGCUUCAGAAGUAUAGAAACGCAGGUUCUUUUGUGCUUCCUGUGGAUCCAAAUGACAAAGAGACGUGGGGAGAUAGUGAACAUAGACUCGCUUACGUCUCUGAGACCACAGUUAUCUUCAAAAACAUUGUGGAAGUCAGAGACAACCAAUGGUGGAAAGCGCUUUCGACUGGUUACAUAACCCAAUGGGCUGCAAUGUAUCCUCAGAAGAUCGACGCUCUGUUCUACGCGCAUUCGGUCGAUGAAGUCAAAGCCCUUGGUCCUUUGCUUGAGAAGUUCAGAACUACCGUUGGUAAAAAGGCUUACAUCGCGGUUUCAGGAGGGAAGUUUUGUGCGUGCGAGGAUGCUGCAUCGGCUUUGAACUGGCCUAAGGUGGUUUGCAAUGAGAGGAGGUUCAAGAUAUUUGAUUUGGAAGUGGGAGCUAUCUUGGGUGUGUCGAACUCUGAGGUUCCUGUGUUGCAAGCUGUGUAUUCGAGUAUGAAAGGGCUUAUCAAGAUCCAUAACCCUAGCGUGGUGAUUACUGUGGCUGAUGCUGAUCCUAAUGUGAAGAAAGCUUUGAAAAUGGCUACCGAGACUAACCUUAAUGGCACUGCAUUGGUUCUUCUUCCUAGAGCUUCUAUCUCCAAGGUUCUGUGGAUGGCUGAUUUAAGAUCAACAGCUUUGCCAAACUGGAAUAAGAUGAGAGUCUCAGUGAACAUCAUCACACAAAACCGAGCUCAAUCUUUACUAAGAUUGCUUAGGUCUUUGAGCAAUGCAUACUAUCUUGGCGACGAGAUACCUAUCAGCUUCAACAUGGAUAGCAAAGUGGACGAAGAGACGAUCAAAGUAGUGACCACAUUCGACUGGCCUCACGGACCAAAAACCUUAAGAAGAAGAAUCAUUCAAGGAGGAUUAAUCCGAGCCGUGAGUGAGAGUUGGUACCCAGCUUCUGAUGAUGACUUUGGUCUCUUACUUGAAGACGACAUUGAAGUCUCUCCUUAUUAUUACCUUUGGAUCAAAUACUCUCUCCUCGCUUACCACUACGACCCUCAAAUCUCUUUCCCGGAACUAGCCUCCAUCUCUCUUUACACACCCAAGAUCGUCGAGGUCGUUAAAGAGAGACCUAAAUGGAACCCGACAGACUUCUUCAAACAGAUCCACCCACACACACCGUACCUUCACCAGUUACCUUGCAGUUGGGGAGCUGUCUUCUUCCCAAAGCAAUGGAGAGAGUUCUACGUCUACAUGAACAUGAGAUUCACCGAGAACGCGAAAGCUAAUCCUGUUCAGAUUCCUAAAUCAAGAACCAACGGUUGGCAAGCUUCUUGGAAGAAGUUCUUGAUCGACAUGAUGUACCUUAGAGGGUACGUUAGUCUCUACCCGAACUUCCCUAACCAGCAGAGCUUCUCAACCAACCACAUGGAACCAGGAGCUCACAUUGCAGCCAAAGACAACGUGGUGAAACACAACAAAACCGACUUCGAAGUUCCUUUGCUUAUGGAUGAUUUCAGAAACUUCUUACCGAACCAGAAACUCCCUCCGGCUUCAAAGCUUCCGUCACUCAACCUCUUUAACAUGCCGGUUUCUCUUAAAGGCCUUAAAGCUGCAGGUGCUAAGCUUGGUCAAGAUGUUCUUCGUUGCAACAAUAUAUCUGAGAUUGUUGCCGUCAAUCAUCAGACAGGUUUACCAGCUAGAUGCAUGAAAUUCUGAAGAUACUCCCAUUUUGCCGGGCCGGUAAUUUUUCUCUGUGGAUUCUUGUUGAUUCUUUGUUUUUUAAAUUAGUUAUAUAUUAUAUGGUAGAAUGGAAAUAAAUAUAAGGAGAUAUGUAACUGUCUAAAGGCAAAAGAGUAAAUGUUCUGUAACCUUUGAUUAACUCCACUUUUUCACUAUAGCUCUGAACUUGAAGUGUCAUCAAAAGAAACAUGAUUUGAUUCUGAUGAAUACAAUGUUGUUGUAACCUUUGUCUCUGUAGCCAUCACAAGAGACAUCAAUGUUUCUUUCUAUGUAAGAUGGCAAAUCAUCUCCUUCAUAAAAUAGAUUCAUCAUACCAAGUCUCUUUUUAAAUCCUCGCUAGAAUACAACACAAUGAAAAGAGAGGAGCAUCUGACCAAAACAGAGACAAACAGAUGUCUACACAUCCCAAAAAAAACAGAGUUGUCUAAAUGUAGAUUUGAUUAGCCCUUCCUAAAUAACCUCACAAGAAAAUACAAAUUACACAAACGA